UGAGACCCCCCUGUCACAGGCUCUACGCUAGUUCAACACAACCAGGGAUUGAGACUUGGGGGCCGAUAUCCGCAGAUGGAGACAUGCUCAAACCGCUAAAUCCAAGUCAAUCCUUGAAUCCUUUCCAUCUUUCCUUCCUUUUCGGUUUGGCCGGUGAAUGUGACGAGACGUCCGACCCGAGCGCUGCGCCAGGCCGGAGCCGAUCGACAUUCGAUGCGGAAACUCAGGAUGCGCUCCGUACUCGCUGCCCUCGCGGUCCUCGCGGCCGUUCCAGCGACAACGGCCCGGAUGCAGCUGAUCAACCCGCCCGAGUUCAGCGGCCAGGUUUCGGAAAGCGACUAUCCUGUUCGCUACAUCGGGCAGUCGAUCGACCUCAAAUGGACGCCCAACGCCGCCGGGAAGAAGCUGUCUUGUGUGCUAUAUCAGCUCGACGCAAGCCAGGCGGCCACCUUCGAAGGGUCAUUCCACUUCACAGCAGGGCCCUUCGAGUUCAUCACACACGAUCAAGUUGAUGCGACCGAGUUCACGUGGAUCGUCGGCACAACCAAGGACCUCAGCGUAUCGCCCUUGUUCAGCAUUGCCCUCUGGACCGAGGGCGCAAACUUCACCGACUCGGCAUCCAAUGUCUUCAGUAUCUCCGAAGCCCCCAAAACCACAAGCACCCGAACCAGCACCACCACCAGCAGCAGCACUUCCACGAGCACGGGAACGAGCACGAGCACGAGCACCUCCGCCUCAGGGUCACCACCACAAGCGACUCUUGCCACGGCCGACGCGGCCGGAGCGACCGGAGCGCCGUCGUCACGCGAGACAACCGACCCGUCUACGACGCCACAAGUCGCCCCCGCUUCAGGGGGUGGAGGGUUAUCGGUCGGCGCUUCGGCCGGCAUCGGCGUCGGCGCCGCAGCGGCAACCCUUUUUGGUGUCGGGUUAAUCUGGUGUCUCUGGAGGUGCAGGAGGCAGCAGCCUGAUGUCGGCGGGCUCAAUCCACCCGUUGCCGAACUGCCCAUCUACGCCGCACAGCCCCUGCCCGGGAAAGCGGCGGUAUAUUAUCCUCCCCCAGUGGCAGUGAGUCGGGAACCGGUGGUGGAGAUGGAUCCGUCCAGUCACGGGCGGUAUGAGCUGUCCUCUUGAAUUGCACAAUCGCGGUUUGCGGCCACGGUGGGAAUCGUCGUAUCAUGAUGCAGAAGGUA